UCAUUUCCUCAUUCCAUUAUAUAUAUAUUUACAUAACUCGCCUCCCUUUGCAAUAGUUGCUCGUGGAGAGUAUUGGUAUCAUCAGCCCCCACCAACACCAACCCACCCACCCACCCACUCGACGGAGUCUCCAACGCCUUCUCUCAGAUCUCCCACGAUGCAGAGCUCCGCCGUCUUCUCCGCCUCUCCCUCCCUCCCUCUCCUGAAACCAGGCCGCCUCUCCCUUCGCCAUCCCGUCACCGCCUCCUCGAAUCUCAGCGUCUCUCCUCCGAAUGUCGUCUCUGUUCCUCCUCUACCUCGCCGAUCUUGGCGUCUCGCCUCUUCCGACUCGCCGCUUCGCGCCUGGUCCGGUCUCCCUUCCGUAUCCUCCCCUUCCCUCGACACUAACCGCUUCAAAACUGCAGCUACGGCAGUUCCGGAGGAAGGAGAAGGAAGUGGAAAGAUGACUAAGGUUCUGGAGCUCGGCUUGCUGUUUGCGAUGUGGUACCUUUUCAAUAUCUACUUCAACAUCUACAACAAGCAGGUUUUGAAAGCUCUUCACGCCCCAAUGACUGUCACUUUAGUUCAGUUUGCCGUCGGUAGUGUCCUCAUUACCUUCAUGUGGGCUCUUAACCUUUACAAGAGGCCCAAGAUCUCUGCUGCUCAGCUUGCGGCCAUCUUGCCACUUGCAGUUGUGCACACUCUUGGUAAUCUCUUUACUAACAUGAGCCUCGGGAAAGUCUCUGUUUCCUUUACUCACACCAUUAAAGCCAUGGAGCCUUUCUUCUCCGUUGUCUUGUCUGCUAUGUUUCUCGGCGAGGUGCCUACUCCAUGGGUCAUCGGUUCCAUUAUUCCAAUCGUUGGUGGAGUUGCACUUGCUUCAGUGACAGAGGUCUCAUUCAACUGGGCUGGCUUUUUGAGUGCAAUGGCUUCAAACUUGACUAACCAAUCCCGUAACGUGCUUAGCAAAAAAGUCAUGGUCAAGAAAGAUGAUUCUUUGGACAACAUCACCCUCUUCUCUAUAAUAACGUUGAUGUCUCUCUUUCUGAUGGCCCCUGUGACUUUCUUCUCCGAAGGAAUCAAGUUCACUCCGUCAUACAUCCAAUCAGCUGUAAGUUUUGUUUAUAUAUUGCAAAAUCAACCUUUAAAUGUUAACAAAGCCUCUUGGUUUCAGGGUGUGAAUGUUCAACAAAUCUACACGAAGUCUCUUAUUGCUGCACUCUGCUUCCACGCAUACCAGCAGGUGUCGUACAUGAUAUUGGCGAGAGUAUCACCCGUAACACAUUCUGUAGGAAACUGUGUGAAGCGUGUGGUGGUCAUCGUGAGCUCUGUCAUCUUCUUCAAGACACCGGUCUCGCCUGUUAAUGCUUUUGGAACCGGAAUCGCCCUAGCGGGAGUUUUCUUAUACUCCAGAGUGAAGCGUAUCAAGCCAAAGCCUAAGACUGCCUAAGCAAACUAUCUGCUACUGCUUUUAUAUGUAAUACAAUUUUCUUGAGCUGAAGUUUUCUUUCAGAUAGAUGGUUUUAUUUUUCCGCGGAUUCUUGAUACGUUUCUUCUCUUUAUUAUGUGUUCUCUUUGCUGACUUACUCUUUGAAAUAUUUUACAGUUUUUUCAACAAUAAUUGGUCGUCGGAGCAUUUCCAACUAUACAAAUCUAUUUUCAUAGUGGAGUUUACACUAUCUUUUACGUAGUUAGAGUUGUAUCUUUUUCUUUCAAACCACAUCAAAUGUCACCUAAAAGUAUUUAUUAUUGUAUUAUUAAAUUAAAGAUUUUCUUGAUUAUUUAAUAUUUUAUCAGCGACUUA